AUGGAGAGCCCCGAGAAGGGCCAGGCAUUUUCGCCUCAGGAAAUCGAUGUUCUCAUCACGAUCGAGCGAGUCGGAGCGGGAUGCUCCAUGGUGGCCGUCACUCUUGUGAUGCUGAGCUACUGGGCGUUCAAGAAACUCCGGACCACCCCAAACCUCUUUCUCCUCUUCGCUUCUAUGGCCAACGCCGGCGCCAGUGUGGCCUCGAUGAUAGGAUACGACGGACUUGAGAGAGGCGAAGAUUCUACUCUUUGCCAGGCUCAGGCUUUCAUCUUUGAAUGGUUCAUGCAGUCUGAUCCCUGGUGGUCUUUUGCCAUGGCGAUCAACGUCUUUCUCGUCUUCUUUCUCAACGCGAAUCCACGAACAUUUCGGCAGUAUGCCUGGCUCUAUUGUGUCAUCUGUUUCGGCGGUCCCAUGAUACCUGCGAUCGUCCUCAUCUCUGUUCGAGACCACCCCGACGGCCUCAUUUUCGGAGAUGCCACGCUGUGGUGCUGGAUCGGAACUGACUGGAGCCUUGUCCGCCUGUACUCGUACUACAUCCCCAUCUGGAUCUUCUCACUCCUGUCAAUUGUCAUCUACAUCGCGGUCGGAUUCCACGUCUUUCAUCACCGAAACCUCCUCAGAAACGUCGCAGUAGAUCGAUUGGGAAGUGGAGAAAAGAACGGCAACAACCCAUACUCGAGCAGUGACGCCAAGGGAUCCUCGGAAGCGAACCUUACUGGCCGCCAGGAGUUCUAUGGUACGGCUGUUACAGAGGUUCAGAUCACAUCUUCGGUGCCGAGACGGAAGCACCAGGAUGAACCCGCCAUGCCAGGUGUUAUUCAUCCCGGAAUGAGUCCCAGCCGCGCUCGAUCUUGGGCCUUGCCAGCAUCCUACGAGCACCUCGAGCCGAACACUCCCACCAGGCCCCAGAGAUUCGAGACGACAUGCACCUCCGACAGCACUCCAAACCCACCGCCAACGAUCGCUUCACGCCUCCGGGCCGUCAAGUCAAAUGCUUCGCUGAAACUCAAGCGACUCGACCCUGUCAAGAUGGCGUACUUGCGAACUAGCUUCAUCUUCGGCUUUGCAGUCCUGAUUACCUGGAUCCCAAGUUCGGUCAACCGGCUUUACAGCCUCACGCACCAUGACAAAAUCAGCUUCCCUCUGAGCGUUGCGAGUGGGUGCGUGCUCCCGCUCCAAGAGAUCCGGGCAGUCAAGGCCCAGUGGUUUCGGAGGCGCGGCGAGGCUCCUGGGGCGAUUCGCCUUGACAGUGGACUUGGUUCUCUCAGAGUUGAGCACCGCGACACCUUUGAGCGAGCUCAACAGGGGCAGAUGAGCAGCCCGCGGAAUGGAAAGCUGGAGGAGGUGUGA